AUGGUUCCAGUCUAUGGUGGUAAGUUUAGCCCUAAUAAUGACAAUGAGGAUUCUAAUGGAACGAUUAACUAUGGUGGCUUCUCAGAAAUCAUGGUCGUAGAUGAGAACUUUGUAUUUAAAUUUCCAAAUAACAUGCCUCUCGAUGGUGGGGCACCUCUCCUUUGUGCCGGUAUCACUGUCUAUAGCCCAUUAAGGUACUACGGACUCGAUAAGCCCGGAAUGCACAUAGGAGUGGUUGGGCUCGGUGGACUUGGCCAUGUGGCUGUCAAAUUUGCCAAGGCAAUGGGCCUUAGGGUGACUGUCAUCAGUACCUCCCCGAGUAAAAAGGAAGAAGCUGUGAACCAUCUCGGUGCCGAUGCAUUUUUGGUCAGUCAAGAUGCAGAGCAAAUGCAAUUAGCUAUGGGCACAAUGAAUGGCAUUAUAGACACUAUAUCAGCUGUGCAUGCUCUCUUGCCAUUGAUUGGUCUCUUGAAGACUCAUGGGAAGCUUGUCAUGGUUGGGCUAACAGACAAGCCCCUUGAGCUACUUGCUAUGCCACUCCUCUUGGGUAGGAAAAUAGUGGGUGGAAGUGCUGCUGGAGGGAUUAAGGAGACGCAAGAGAUGAUCGAUUUUGCAGCGAAGCACGGCAUAACCGCGGAUAUUGAGGUUAUUCCAAUGGAUUAUGUGAACACUGCCAUGGAGCGUCUUGCAAAAGGGGAUGUUAGAUACCGAUUUGUCAUCGACAUCGGAAAUUCACUAAAAUCUUAG